GAGCUCGAGCGUGCGACCCCCCAGGCGUCGACGGUGGUCAGCCAUGGCGCCGACGUUGUUUCAGAAGCUUUUCAGCAAGCGGAGCGGGCUGGGCGCACCGGGCCGAGACGCCCGCGACCCGGACUGCGCGUUCAGUUGGCCUUUGCCAGAGUUUGACCCAAGCCAGAUUCGACUAAUUGUGUAUCAAGACUGUGAAAGACGAGGGAGGAAUGUAUUGUUUGACUCCAGUGUUAAGAGAAAAAAUGAGGACACAUCAGUAUCGAAACUUUGUAGUGAUGCUCAAGUUAAAGUCUUUGGGAAAUGCUGCCAACUGAAACCUGGAGGAGAUAGUUCUUCCUCCUUGGACAGUGCUGUCACUUCAUCUUCUGACGUAAAAGACCAGGGCCCUAGAUACCAGGGUUCUCGGUGCUCUUCAGAUGCCAAUAUGCUUGGAGAGAUGAUGUUUGGUUCAGUAGCAAUGAGCUACAAGGGAUCUACCUUAAAAAUACAUCAGAUCCGCUCCCCUCCACAGCUCAUGCUUAGCAAAGUUUUCACUGCACGGACUGGCAGCAGUAUUUGUGGCAGUCUUAAUACACUGCAAGACAGUCUUGAAUUCAUCAAUCAGGACAGUAAUACAUUAAAGGCUGAUAACACAGUUGUUAAUGGACUGCUUGGGAAUAUAGGUCUUUCACAGUUCUGCAGCCCUAGGCGGGCGUUCUCUGAACAGGGUCCGCUCCGCCUGAUCAGGAGCGCCUCUUUCUUUGCAGUUCACAGCAACCCAAUGGACAUGCCUGGAAGAGAGCUGAAUGAGGACAGAGACAGUGGCAUAGCGCGCUCUGCAUCUCUAAGCAGUUUGCUCAUCACCCCAUUUCCUUCUCCAAACUCCUCACUUACCCGAAGCUGUGCCAGCAGCUACCAGCGACGUUGGCGACGAAGCCAAACAACAAGUUUGGAAAAUGGGGUGUUUCCUAGAUGGUCUAUAGAAGAAAGCUUUAAUCUGUCAGAUGAGAGCUGUGGCCCUAACCCAGGAAUUGUGAGGAAAAAGAAGAUUGCCAUUGGAGUCAUCUUUACAUUAUCCAAAGAUGAAGAUGAAAAUAACAAAUUUAAUGAAUUCUUUUUUUCACAUUUUCCUCUCUUUGAAAGCCACAUGAACAAAUUAAAGAGUGCAAUAGAACAGGCUAUGAAAAUGAGCCGGAGGUCAGCCGAUGCCAGCCAGAGGAGUUUGGCGUACAAUCGAAUAGUUGAUGCCCUAAAUGAAUUCAGAACAACAGUUUGUAAUCUCUAUACAAUGCCACGAAUUGGAGAGCCUGUAUGGCUUACGAUGAUGUCAGGGACUCCAGAAAAGAACCAGCUUUGCCACCGUUUCAUGAAGGAGUUCACUUUUCUAAUGGAAAAUGCUUCCAAAAAUCAAUUUUUGCCAGCUCUAAUUACUGCAGUUUUGACCAAUCAUCUUGCCUGGGUUCCAACAGUCAUGCCAAAUGGACAGCCACCUAUUAAAAUAUUUUUAGAAAAACAUUCCUCUCAGAGUGUGGACAUGUUGGCAAAGACUCAUCCAUACAACCCACUUUGGGCACAGCUGGGAGAUCUCUAUGGUGCUAUUGGCUCUCCUGUCCGGUUAGCAAGGACUGUGGUAGUUGGCAAACGGCAAGACCUGGUUCAAAGGCUACUUUAUUUUCUUACAUACUUCAUAAGAUGUUCUGAACUUCAAGAAACCCAUCUUUUAGAAAAUGGAGAAGAUGAAGCCAUUGUAAUGCCAGGCACAGUGAUUACUACGACUUUAGAAAAAGGGGAAAUUGAGGAGUCAGAGUAUGUCCUUAUCACAAUGCAUAGGAACAAAAGCAGCUUGCUCCUUAAAGAGUCAGAAGAGAUAAAAACUCCUAAUUGUAACUGUAAAUAUUGUAGUCAUCCACUCCCUGGGCAAAAUAAAGAGGAUGUGUCACAACAAGAGAAAGAAGGUGUCCAAGAUGGCGCUAAAGAACUGUUAGGAAUUUCAGAUGAAUGCCAAAUGAUUUCUCCUUCUGAAUGCCAAGAAGAAAAUGCCAUUGAUGUUAAACAGUAUCGAGAUAAACUAAAAACAUGCCUUGACACCAAGUUAGAAACUCUUGUUUGCACAAGAUCUGCUCCAGUAGACAAAUGUGUAUCAACAGAAAUGGGUUUAGAGCCAACAGAAGAAACAUGGCAGAGUAAGGAAUUGGUGGAUUCAGAUAAUCACACAGGCCAAGGGAUGAGAUCCACAGGAAUAGUUGUGGAAAAGAAACCUCCAGAUAAGACUGUGCUGAGUGCAUUUUCUUGUGAGGCAGUUCACACAAAAGUUACUUUCUUGAUUGGGGAUUCUUUGUCGCCUGAUUCUGACACAGAGCUCCGCAGUCAGGCAGUGGUGGAUCAGAUUACCAGGCAUCACACCAACCCAUUGCAAGAAGACAGAGGGGUGACUGACGGGCAUCAAGAAGCUCAGCAAAUAGCUCAGGACCAAUCUACAGAAAGCGACGCACAGAGCCUGGUUUCUGGACAGCCAUGUUGGAGUCAUUCAGACUCAGAAAACAUGAGCUUAUUUGAUGAAUAUUUUAAUGAUGAUUCAAUUGAAACCAGGACUAUUGAUGAUGUUCCAGUUAAAACUAGUAUGGACAGUAAAGAAUAUUGCUGUAUGCUAGAAUUUCCAAAAAUACUGUGCACAAAAGAUAGCAAACAAAGCAGUGAAUUUUGUAAAUGUAGAGAAACAGUUCACCAAGAGUCGUGUAAAACCUGCUUUCCUCAGCAGGACCAAAGAGAUACACUCUCUAUUCUUGUCCCCCAUGGGGAUAAAGAGACUUCAGAGAAAAAAGUUGCUGUAGGAACUGAAUGGGACAUUCCACGAAAUGAAAGUUCAGAUAGCGCCCUUGGGGAUAGUGAAAGUGAAGAUACAGGUCAUGAUAUGACAAGACAAGCUAGUAAUUACUAUGGAGGGGAGCAAGAAGAUUGGGCAGAAGAAGAUGAGAUACCAUUUCCUGGGUCAAAGUUAAUUGAAGUGAGUGCUGUUCAGCCCAAUAUUGCCAACUUUGGGAGGUCCUUGUUGGGUGGCUUCUGCUCGUCUUACGUGCCCGACUUUGUUCUUCAAGGACUUGGAAGUGAUGAGAGGCUUCGUCAGUGUCUGAUGUCAGAUUUGUCUCAUGCUGUGCAGCACCCAGUGUUGGAUGAACCUAUCGCAGAAGCUGUCUGCAUUAUAGCUGAUAUGGAUAAAUGGACUGUUCAAGUGGCCAGCAGCCAGAGACGAGUGACAGAUAAUAAACUGGGAAAGGAAGUGUUGGUUUCCAGUCUUGUUUCCAACCUGCUUCAUUCCACUCUUCAGCUUUAUAAGCAUAACUUGUCUCCAAACUUUUGUGUAAUGCAUCUUGAAGACCGGUUACAGGAACUAUACUUCAAGAGCAAAAUGCUGUCUGAGUACCUGAGGGGACAGAUGCGUGUUCAUGUUAAGGAGCUGGGAGUGGUUCUUGGGAUUGAAUCCAGUGACCUUCCUCUUUUGGCUGCUGUAGCAAGCACUCACUCUCCAUAUGUUGCUCAAAUACUCCUUUAACAUGCACAAAGGUUAACUUUGGGCAAAAGUUAAAAUAGAAACCCAGGAAGCAGGCACAGCAUUCAUGUUCAUUUUGUUUUGUUUUCCUGUUAGACUUCCAUGUGAAUGAGUCUAGUUCCUGGGUGUCCUGCAUUGCAUUGCAUGUUCUGUGCAGACUAGAUUGCUUUUUCUUUUUACCUGGCUUCUGGGUUGUGGUCAGUUUUAGCCAGGUGAAAGUAAAGCAACACUAACAAUUUUUGGAGGAAGCAUUUUGAAAAAGCCAACGUGCAACUUAGAAAUUUUCACCGAAUAUUAUCAAAGGAUUUCACGUGAUUACUCAGUGCUGUCACAAUCAUAGAUACCAGCAGACAUCUCAUGACCCAGUGGCUCAGUGACAGUCACUCCAUUCACUUAUAAUUCAUCUUUACAAGACCUUGGUUCAUUGGAUGGCAAUUUAAAGCAACUAAUUUCAGGUUAUUUAUCAAAGUAAAUAAUUUUGAAUAGCCUGUUGAUUAAAAGAAACUCAAAAUAAUGAGUGAAAAAAGUGUUAAUGUUAUCUAUCCAAAUGUACAUAUGUAUCUAUUUUUUUAAAAAGCAAGGUUAGAAAUCAAAGAUUGAUAAACAUACCUUUUUUAAAAAAUAUUUUCAACUAAUAUUAAUUAUAUGUAAUGUUGAAACAUUGCUUUCUGGUGAUUUUUCUGUUUCACCCACUCUAAAAGCCAAUAUUUUCUUAAGGCUGAAGAAUACAGAUUUCCAGAGUAAUAUGACUUCACACCAUCUGUUUUGUAAACAUGAGCUGAUUCUUACUAAUAUGCACAUAUUCACUCAUUUAAUAGAGAAAAAUUAGGAUUAAAGAAAGGAUAAAAGUGCAUCAAACAUUGACAAAAAUAAUACUAUUUUCUUUAAAUGUGCUCAGGUAGCCAUCACCUUUUUUUCAGUAUCAGCCCUUCUUGAACCCAUAUGAGCAGUUUCACUGCUCAGUAAUACUCAACUUACACAACAGAAGUGAUAAUUCUUACAACUACUCUCCUGUCUCUAAGAGCUCCUUCCUUCCAAAAACUGGUUUUCUAAAGAGAUUUUCACUUUCAAUUAUGAUUAUCUUUGUAUAUACUAGAAUGUUGCUUGUAAAAAAGGCUAAUAAGGAACCAGACCAUGUAUGUACGUAAUGUAAAUAGAAGGGUGGAUAGAUAAGUUUUCAGUAUGCUCUACUACCUCAGUUCACUUGAAUUAUAGCGUAUUCUUUGCUUCUCUAGUGUGACAUACAUUUAAUGCUAGAAGUUGGUUUAUGCUUUCAUUGGCUAUUAUAAUUGAUUUGCUCAAAAAGAAAAGUACUUAAAUUUAUUGAAUACACUUACUAUGUAACACACCCAUUCUUGCUAUUUAAAAUUUAAUGAAUGAAAAAUGUCUGUGGUUUGCUUAGUCUUUGAAACCUUGACUUUAUAGUGUUGGGUCACUUUUUGCCUUGCUGUUUGUGUUUAUUCAAGAUAAUUCCAACAAGACAAAGAAGGAGUGGUUGUUUUCAUGAAAUAUAAACCUGAAGUUAGUGUGUCUACAAUUUGGCCCACGUCUCAUUAGCUGGUUCCAGUUAAUAUCUGAGUCUCCCGUGGAUGACUUGCUGCCAGAGAAUGUUUAUGGAUACAUUUUCUUUGGCUUAAUUAUAUUAUUCCAUUCUCCAGUGGAUUUUUCUGUUGUAUUUUGUUGGGAUUCAAUGAGUAGAAUUCUGUCAGUUUGAAUCUGGAAAAGUUCCUAUAUGGGCCAUUGUAUAUUACUUUUUGAUGUGGCUCAGAGUAAUAUGUAGCAGAUAGAUAAAGUCCAUUUCUGGGUGUUUUCUUAAUCAUCAAGCUAAAGCUAUUCUUAGUACUAUCUAUUUGAAAUUUCUGAUUUCCAUUUAGUAAAGUAAUGUAAUCUCAUGCCUGGCUCAUGCCAGUGUUGUUAAAACUAAGCUUUGCUGGAACAGAAAAGGCCUACUGUUUCUCACAGAAGCAUUAGUCCUUAUAGGGUUCCUGGGGUUGAUAAUACCUCCCACCUACCAUUUUAUAUCCUGAUUACCACCUUCCUUUCCUCUGUACACAAUGUCCAAGAAUGAGCUGCUAUCUUAAAGUGUGUAAUUAUAAUGAAUGUGAAGAGUUUUGGCCCGUUUAAAGUAAUUUUUUGAACUACUUAAUGGUACAAACAAAUAUGUGCUACAUAUUAAGAAAUACCUGUUUAUUGCAACAGGAAGUUAAAAAGGGAUCUUUUAUAUUAUAGAACUAAAACUAAUUUUUUGUACAAGUAAACUAAUUGGUUUCAUUUUUAAAAUCUUGGCAUUUAUUAAUAAUAUGUCUUAAUUUUGAGUUUUGAAAUAUUAAGUGCAAUAAACACACUAGUACAGAUUCCCUUUUGGUGCAGUUGGCACACACUGUGGAAGAUGACAAAAAAAAAAAAAAAAAACAACCCAGAAUUUAAAUAAUGCCUAUUUCUGGUAGAUGUCUUAUGAGAAUGUUCUGCUUUCUCUAAGUUAUUUAGAUGGUGGAUAUGUAAAAUGUACAUACUUGUUUCUUGUUCUGAAUACAUUUCUGAAAUGUACACCUGUAUUAUAAUAACCUCCCAGUUCUAGGGGAAAUUUGUGCAAUAAACACACAUGUCAGUUUGAUGGGUAA